AUACUGAGCUAUUUCGAAGACGAUGGAAUUAUCAAAAAACAUCUUUGCUAUAGCAAUAUUUAUCAGCAAUGCAUAUUUUUUGGAGGCAGCAAACUUCACAUUUUCUUCCUACUAUCAUAACCACAUGGUGAUGCAGAAAAGUGCCAUGGGUACCUCUAUAUGGGGACAUUCAAGCAAAGUUGGUGAUGUAGUACACAUAAAAUUAAACAACAAUGAAGUUGCAAGGGCUACUGUUAACAGCCAUCAGAUCUGGGAGGCUACGUUUACAAGUCCUUCUGACCACGGUCCAUAUACGGUGUCUGCAACUUCGACACUGGGAACAGUUCAGAUUUCAGAUGUCCUCUUCGGUGAUGUCUGGGUUUGUUCAGGACAAAGUAAUAUGGAGUUUUCAAGUAAUGGGCUGGUAAAUGCAACUGAAGAAUAUGCUGAUAGUGCAAAUUACCAAAACAUUCGUCUGUUUAAAGUUCACAAUGAAUUUUCCCCAACUCCUUAUACAGAUGUAAAACAGAUAGAUUCACCAUGGCUUAAACCAUCUCAGCAGAGCAUUAAGCAUUAUUCGGCUGUUUGCUGGCUUUAUGGAAAAUACUUGUCACAACAUUUUAACUAUCCAAUUGGUUUGGUGCAGACAGAUUGGGGUGGUACUAGGAUUGAGGCUUGGUCAUCACCAGAUGCUCUCUCUGCGUGUGCAGGAUUCCAUGGUCGUCGCAAAAGAAAUCAAAACUCCAAUAACCAAUUGUACAACGCCAUGAUUUAUCCAAUUCUAAGGAAUACAAUCAAAGGAGUUAUCUGGUACCAAGGGGAAUCGAAUGCUGGGCAUGCGUAUCAAUAUUCAUGUCAGUUUCUCGAAAUGAUUGAGGACUGGAGGUCCAAGUUUAGCCACGCCUCUGGAGGAACAACUAGCCCUACUUUCCCUUUCGGAUUUGUACAGCUAGCACCCUACAGAGAGGAAGGAAAAGGUCUUGGGUUUCCACAGCUUCGCUGGUCACAGACGGCUAACAUAGGAUAUGUUCCUAAUUCACUUUUACACAAUGUAUUUAUGGCUGUAGCUAUCGAUCUCCCUGACUUCCAAUCACCCUACGGAAGUAUUCAUCCCCGCUAUAAACAUGAUGUAGCUUAUCGUUUGUAUCUUGGGGCACUGGGUGUGGCUUAUCAUCAACCAGGGGUAGAAUUUGAAGGACCUUUUCCAACAUCUGCCGAAGUUGACAGCACUCAACGCCAUCUUACUAUAGAAUACGGACGAGGACUAAAUCCUAUUGAAGUCAGAUCGAACAAAGGGUUUGAGGUGUGUUGCGUUAAUCAAACAACCAAGAUUUGCAACUCUUUUGACACCCAUUGGAUGAAUGUAACGAUGACGUCACAUGACUAUGCUACUGUUACUCUUGACAUAUCUGCUUGUGCGCACGGAAAUCAUGUGGUACAAGUCAGAUAUGCAUGGCAUGAAAGCCCGUGUCCUUUGCAUCAAUGUGCUGUGUAUGGAAAAUCUAAUAAUCUACCUGGACCUCCGUUUACAUUCCAUGUCAGCUCCUGAAUAAUGUUGAGUUUAAAUUGAUGUAAUAUCUCUCAAAAUAA